AUGGGAUCAUUUGCCUCAUUAAAUUUGAUGGAAGUGAUGUUAUGCAAUCCAGUAUUACAAGAGUUCAAGCUUGUGCCGGGAUCAAAGACUCGUGUGAACAAUUUUAGCUGUGGAGGAAUAGGAUUUGGAUACGACUCCAGAACUAAGAAUUAUAAGCUUGUAAGACUUCACGAGUAUUGUACAGAAGCCGGAGAUGAGGUGCGCAUCUUGGGUUCUAACUCUUGGAGACAGAUUAACGUUUCUCAAGAUGUAAGAAUUACAGAUCAAUAUCAAUACUUACAUUGGAAAGGAGAUUGUUAUUGGCAAGUGCAGGAUCAUAUGGCUGAGUUACUUGAGUGGGAGAUCCUUUGUUUUGAUAUGGCUGAUGAAAUAUUUUAUUCCGUGUCAUUCCUAACCAAUGAACUGGACAUUGCAUCAUUUCCAGUGUGGAAUGACUCAUUUGCUUUGUUUUUAUGUACUCAAGAGAUCAGUGAGAAUUCAGAUUUAACAUCCUACGAAAUGUGGAAUAUGUUAAAAGGUUGCUCUCCUACAACCUUAAUACCCAAAAGCUUAGGGAUAUUGGGAUGGCUGGGCCUAUGUAUCAUUUGCCAAUUUGUUUCACUUUCUACGUCAAGAGCUUGGUUUCUGUCAAAGGAUGAGAAAACACUAUAUGUUGAGAAAAUGGAGAAGAUUAAACAGAAGAAAAACACAACGGAUGAAGUGAUUUCAAGAGAGAUGUUAUUACUCAAGGGUGCACCUGUUUGUUUCUUUGUUCCUGUCAAUUUAGUGUAUCUUACUCUCAUCAAAUCAUGUGUAAAAGCUGUGCUUUCAUGA